ACACUCUCAAUUCUAUUAUUCUCAUCCAUUUUUUUCUUCUAAUUUUAAUAAUACACUUCCAUCUCAAUACGACACCGUCCACUCACACACCAUAAUUCUCAGUUCUCCAAACACACAUUCUCCCUUUCCAUUCCUUUCACGCUUCCUUUUUCACUUUCUAUCUUUUUAAUUCGACGUGCGUUAUUAUAAUUCAUUUUUUAUUAUUGAAUUAUUAUUAUUGUUUAUUAUUGCUAUGGCUACGAGAUUUUCGUCUUCAAUCAAAUUCACAUCUAUCGCUUCCUCAUAAGCAAUCAAUGAAGCGUCCGUUUCGGUUACGACGAUUUCCAUUUCCGAUUCCUUCCAACAUUUUUGCGAUCUAUUUCUUCACUCUUUCACGCCUUAAAAUCAGUUCAACACAAAUCGCAAAACAACAACAGAGCACUGAGAUCUCUCUUUUUUCUCGAAUCUGUUUUGUCUUGCGAGAUUUCGAGUUGAAGAAUACAUGAUCCAACCGGUUUCUGUUACGAUGAACUUCGCCGUGGCUUUUGCAUUGGUGUGUAUAAUCACGGUGGAGCCAUGGCGCGUUAACUCACAAGAACAGAGGCUUCUAGUGAACAUGACGAUCGUUAAGAACGCACGUGAUACUGGUGCUCUUUGUUUGGAUGGUAGUUUACCGGCUUAUCAUUUGCACAGAGGUUAUGGAGCAGGGGAGAAUAACUGGCUUCUACAAUUUGAGGGUGGUGGAUGGUGCAAUGACUUGCAAUCAUGCUUGGAGAGAGCACCAACUCGUAGGGGUUCAACAAAGCACAUGAACAAGUUUGCUGUUUUCUCUGGUAUUUUAAGCAAUAAUGCCACCCUUAAUCCAGACUUUUACAAUUGGAACCGGGUGAAACUGAGAUACUGUGAUGGAGCUUCAUUUACUGGAAACCGAGUGUUCAAAAAUGGGACGACAACGCUUUACUUCAAAGGGCAAAAGAUUUGGGAAGCCAUUAUUGAAGAUCUUCUGCCAAAAGGUUUAGGAAAGGCAUACAAGGCUUUGCUUUCUGGCUGCUCAGCAGGAGGUUUAGCCACUUUUCACCAUUGUGACAACUUCGCCAAGUAUUUGCCAACAAAUGCUUCUGUUAAAUGCUUGAGUGAUGCAGGUUUUUUCCUUGAUGGAAGAGAUGUCAGUUUGAAUCAUACUAUGAGAUACUUCAUCAAAAGUCUAGUUACAUUGCAGGGGGUAGAGCAGAACCUUAACGAAAACUGCACGAGUGCGCUUUCCUAUCCAGACUUGUGCUUCUUUCCACAAUAUGCAUUGAAAUAUAUAUCAACACCGUAUUUUAUCUUGAACUCUGCCUAUGAUAUAUUCCAGUUUCAUCAUAUAUUGGCGCCACCUUCAGCUGAUCCCCUCGGGCACUGGAGGCACUGCAGGGUGAACAAAUCGACAUGCACGCCAGCCCAAAUGAAUACAUUGCAAGGUUUUAGGCUCAACAUGCUAGCAGCUUUGAAACCGUUCUACUUUUAUUCGAAAAGAGGGGGAAUGUUCAUAAAUUCAUGUUUUGCUCAUUGCCAAAGUGAAUCACAAGAAACAUGGUUUGGAGACGAUUCUCCUAGAAUAAACAAAAAGACUAUUGCAGAAGCAGUUGGUGACUGGUAUUUUAGUAGAAACAGAAGCAAGCAAAUAGACCGUCCGUAUCCAUGUGAUAAUGAUAAAACUUGUCAUAACUUAAUACCAUAAUCUCAGAUAACUUGGAAGAUAAUACUGGAAAUAUGUCAACAAGCUUUCCAGUCCUCGUAUAUACAUAGUGAAUGCUAGGUAGAUAGAAAAUUCUUGAUGAAGAAAUGAAAAGAGAAAUUGUGAUUGGAUUGAUACUUUUCAAUUAAGUCAUUCAUUAUUAAUUAUAGUCAUAUUUUUACUUAAUGAAAAUCAAUUGGCUUUUGUUUGAA